ACGGUUCUGAGUUCUAGCUCUUUUGAUUGGCCUGUAAACGACGAAUGACAAGGUACCUUAGAUACAUAGAACUCUUUGCCAUGAUGAUUACGAGCUUAGUACAAGUAAUGAUUACGAGUGCGACAUGUAAAUCAAUAUGUCCUUUUUUAUGAAGUCGGUUAAAAGGAAUAUUUUCAAGAAAUCUUGUUCGCCAUUUUACUUACGACAUUAAUUUCAAUAUGCUAAAACAACAUCUACAUUUUCGUAAAUAUAAGUCCCGGUAUACAUCGUUCCAUUUUAAAAACAAUGAAGUUUAAUAAUGUCUAAGCAACUUGUCACUACCAUGAUUGUCAGUCCACUAUUGGAGUAAUGAUGGACUUAGAAAUAGAACUCUUACUCACCAAUUAGAGUGACCACUCUGUUCCGAUGCAAGUUGACAUUUCAUUGCAGCAGGCCGACGAAGGUUUUUGACACAGAGCUCGUCUGGAGGAAAAUUACAACCGCCAUGGUUGUAAUUUUCCUUCCUAAUUCCAUCACUCUCAGCAUUGCUGAGUUCCGGUCUGCAGGGCAUGCUUGUCGGUGUAGUGUAAUUACAGAGUUAUGAAAUGUAUCUAGGUCUCCAGUUGAUUGACACAAGGCCUUUGUACCUAAGACAUACUCAUUGCAUACCGAGCGAAGUGUUGGUCAAUUUUAAAGCGAUGGUGUUGAUGAGUUUAUAAGCGAUGGCUGAGCAAAUUAGUCUAAUUCUUGUACGCUAUUUAAUUUUGUGCAGCAGAUAGUGCAUACCGCUUGUAUGCCAGGAUUUGAUGAAAAAUUCCGAAAGGAACCUACUUGAAUUUGCGUCAGUGAAUCUUUCUCUAAAGAGGGGGCACAUUGAAGUUAAAACCAAGGUUGUAUAUUGACAUAUGUUAUUAAAGCACUACACAUCGCUGGAUUUGAUCACAGGACAGGAUCAUAUUGGAAUAAUGUGUACCGGGCUUAUCACUUAUGUUUGUCUAAAGAUUUAUCCACCCACAUCCACCUCAUAACAAUUAUGUAAAUAUGCUCAUCCGAAUACCUUCUGCCAUCACAAUUAUCGCCGAUCCAGUGCCCAUUAAUCCACUCAAAUGCACCCGAUAUAUGAAUAUUAAUGAGUCGGGUAUAAAAGCUGCUGAAAUUCGUGGUUUCAGCACACACUCCUCUUUCAGUCGACUCGCAACACAGCAAAAGUUCAGCUAUGAAGACUCACACCGUAGUUCUGCUCCUGGCCUUCCUGGGUCUCGCAUCGGUAGUGUCUUCUCAAUCCGUCUAUUGCGGUCGCCGUUUGGCCAUGGCUCUGGACCUGGUCUGCGACGGGCACUUGAUCAAGCGAUCCGAGAUGAAACGCGAGCCUGUCGAGCCGCAGUGGCCGUGGAUCGAAGCGCAGCAAGCUCUGGGCGGCGGCUUCCGGCGCAAGCGACAGGUGGUGGCGGAGUGCUGCGACAAGCCGUGCACCGUGGACGAGCUCAUGACCUACUGCCACUGAACGAUUCACACACCGACUUUUUGGGGGGUGGUGACGACCUGGCAAAUGUUUUAAUGGACCUGAAAAUAUAUGUUACUCGUAUUAUUAUAAUAUAAUGUAAUCCUUCGCAUCA